CUUUAGCAAACGAUAAUAAUCUCACGUAUCGGUCUCACCACGAUCAUACAGCGCGCGCAAUACCUAAACCAGUGCAUACUAGCAACCGCACAACACCAAAAACAGCACGAGGGGAUCCCCAAAAGUUUGUACCAAGUUAACCUCCAGUGACAACCGAAUUCCCCAAGGCUCCGAAGGGCUCCAAAGAGUAAGCUAAAUCCCCUAUGACACUACUCGCGAAUUUCAUAAGUACCGUAUCUAGACACCUUACUGUAAUGCUAAAAACCCAUCAAAAAGCACAGAUCUUUGGCCUUAAGGUUGCCUGGAUAUCUUUGAAAUUGGCGGGUACGAUACCUGCACUCAUAGACCUGCACUUCGUCCUGACGAUAGCGACGUGGACACUGAUCCAGAAGAAAACGCCGACCGACCUAUCUACUUGAGCACUACUCAAGUACUGACCUUGCCUCUCACCCCUGCAACGCAGCACAAAACCGGAACCUCAAAAAAAGAGCCCCCCUUAUCACAUAAUUCGACGUCGCCCUCGAACCAAUUAUUCCACCACGACCAAGCCCGAUUCCAUCAGGAUCGCAUUCCUCUUCAUCGGAAAGCACGGCCCGGUUCGACCACACCACAAACCACCGCCGCCAAAUACUUGGGGUAUGCGCAAGUUCUGUCAACGUCUGGUCUGGUUGGUCGAAAUUAUGUGUGAGUAACGGGAAUCAUGCAAUUGAAUAGGCCGGACAUGCUAGUCUUGGUGGAGGAAAAAUGUCUGUCAAACUAUUGGAGCAGUGGCUGGAGCAAAUGCCCUUCUCCGAAUGGUCGAGAACGCCCUGGCGCCAACCGGAGGAAGCUCGACAGACUUACACCGUAAUCCUUGGCAUACCCGGUACUCUUCCUCCCGGUACUCGAGUACUCGUAGUGCUGAACGAGCAGGGUGUUCGAACAUCAGCAUCCUCGUUAAAAACGCAAUGCAAGACGCAUGUGGGUAUGAUUGGAAUUAUUCAUCCUUUUCUUUUUCUUUCGAGAUUGUUUUUUUUGUUUUUCUGCCCAGACUGCUGUUGCAGAAAUAGGUUAUCGUGCUCCUGUAUGGCGUUAUGCGAACGUUCUGCUGUCCAUACGAGUAGAGCACCGUAUCGGCUGGUUUGUUAUGAUCCAGCGCGGUGUUGUCUCCAGGUACUGUACUGGCAUCGGUAUAUUGCUAUACGCCUGCGAUUUAGACCUUUACAUUCAUUCUUUUUCUUUUAAAGGUUUCAUCAUCAUACCUUUCAUACCGCACAACGAGAUGUGAUGAACCGGCGGGGCAGCCCAGGAGGGAAAACUAGAAACGAAUAGGAAGGUAGAGGUCAUUGACGUCGUAAGUAAGCAAGCCAGCGGAUGGACGGGUGAGUUUAGCAAUCAUAGAGUAGUUAGUUACAAUGUACAGUAUCAUGCCCGAACAAUCCCCCGGUCAAAAUUUCCCCAAUCGCCACUUUCCCCUCCCGCUUGCCUGCUUCGCCAGAUGGCAGUGUAUUGUAACGACGAUACUUCCUCCUCCCCCUUCCACCUCUUCUUUCACCAUUCCCAUGCCAAGAACCGCCUCCCUCCCUAUCCCAUAUACUAGAAGCAUGCAAACCUCCCAAAACCACCAAAAAACUCGCUUAUCCAACGUGGGUGGCCCAGACGAAACUUACUCGGGAAUCUACCGCGUCCAGAGCCUUGUCUGUCGUCUGUCUGUCCGUCUCGCUCCUUCGGUUGUACUGCAGUGUACUGAGUGUACUGUACCGGUAUCACUUCGACCUCCCCCCCAGAACAAGCGCAAGUACCGGGCGGUACUGUAGAACUUAUGUCCUCGUGAAAGCACCACCACAUCAACUAGUGAGCGGCAAGGUAUCAACCCCCCUUCCUCCGAAGAACACACUAAAAAAAGCAAAGGAGUUACCGUAUCGCUGAGAAUGAUACGAGUAGAUCACCAUCACAACCACAGCAACUAUUUUCGUCCUAUGAUACCACCCCCCCCCCCGACGAAGGUGCAGUAGAAGGCUGCGCCGGUGCUGGUGAUACGGCAACCCCCACCACACCACACACACACAAGAACUCCUCGAGUUAUCGGCAUGAAAGAAGAAGGAAAAAGCAGAAGCAGAACACCAAACGCCCACCACACACCCAUGCAAGCCACACUUGUACGAGUCCUCUCACUUGCAUGUUACCGGCCCAAGGUAAUCCUGUACUCGUACGGGUACUUGUACCACACCCACCCUCUUCUUCCCAUACUUGCCGGUACGGUACCUCUCCGAGGGACAGGGAGAUGGAGUAAAAUCAACCAACAUCCCGUGACUCUGUAGUAGCCGUGCCUGGGCGGUAGACCAGCAGCUCGAGUAAUCGAACACAA